GAGAGAGUGGAGCGAGGAGAGAGAGAGAGUGGAGCGAGGAGAGAGAGCGCCGAGGAAGAGAGUGGAGCGAGAGAGCUGAGGACGGUCGUUUUAAUAUCGGAUGAACGCACGACGCUGUCUGGACACCGGAGCCAUGGAAUCUCCCCCUCAAGAUAAAUCAACGCUUUGGCUGCACGCUGCCCACGUGAGGCUGUGAGCGGAGGGCGGCGGCGGCGGUGGGGGGGGGGCAGCGGGUACCAUGGGGGCCCCGGCCGCUCUGCCGCCCUUCGUGGCCCUCCGCCUCCUCCUGCUGCUGCUGCUGCUGGCACUGCCACGGUGGGCAGAUGCCAACGCCGGCGUUGUCGACGACGGCGGCGCCGUCACAGGCAGCUUGGGCAUUGCCGUCGCAGAGUCCUGCCCAGCUGUGUGCAGCUGCGAGGAGAGGGAGUCGCUCCUGCAGGUCGACUGCGACAACCGCGGCCUGCAGCACGUGUCGCAGCUGCGCCCGCAACAGCAGCCGCAGCAGCCGCAGGAGCAGCAGGAGCCACAGCCCACCCGACCGUACCAGCUGCACCUGCAUGGCAACUCGAUCGGCACGCUGGCCGCCGGCGACUUCCACUGCUGCCCGGGCGCCGUCGCCCUCGACCUGGCCAACAACGGCCUGCUGGAGGUCGCGGGCGGCGCCUUCGAGGGCAUGGCCCGCCUGCGCCGCCUCCGCCUCCACGGCAACAAGCUGGAGGCCCUCCGCAACGGCACGUUCGCCGGUGCCGAGGGCCUCGACUACUUGCAGGCCGACUACAACCUCCUGCGGCGGGUGGAGGCGGCGGCCUUCCGGGGCCUCGCCCGCCUCCGGGUGCUCAUCCUCAACGACAACCUCCUGCGGCGGCUGCCCGCGGGCGUCUUCCGCGGCGUGCCCCUGCGCCACCUCGACCUGCGGGGCAACCGCCUCAAGGCGCUGGCCUACGGGGGACUCCUGGAGCACCUGCGCGGCGUCGCCGAGAUCCGGCUCGAGGAGAACCCCUGGGAGUGCUCGUGCGGCCUGUGGGCCCUCAAGGAGUGGCUCGAGGUGCUGGCCGCGGGGCCGCCGCCGCCCCCCGCCGCCCUCGUCGGCGAGGCGGUGUGCGAGUCGCCCUUCCGGCUGCAUGGCAAGGGCCUGAUGGAGCUGUCGCGCCGAGACGUCUGCGCGGGCGGCGACGACGGCGGCGGCGACGACGACGACGAAGGGGGCGACGACGAAGGGCCACGGCCGCGCCCCACCCCGGCCGGCGCGGCCAAGCCGCGCCUCUCCGUCACCACCACCACCAUGCCGGCGCCGGCAUCGUUCGCCGGCAAGCCGCACCCCAAGCCGCCGAAGCCCACGGCGGCGUACGAUCGCGGGAAGGGCGCGGGCGACCGCAACGCGUCGCUGUUGCUGGCGGCGGCCGCCGCCGUCACCGCCACCAACAUGGGCCCCAUGGCGGCGGUGGCGGGAGGGGCGGCGGCGGCGGGGGGGGGCGGCCACCGCCAGGCCAAGCCGCCGGCUCCGACGAGCUGUCCCAGCGUGUGCUCGUGCGCGGUGCACGCGGCCGACGGGGGGCUCGCCGUCGACUGCCAGGGCCGUGGCAUCGAGCGCGUCUCGGCCCUGCGGCCCCGCCCGCUGGGGCCCCGGAGGCUCUCGCUGCGCGCCAACAGCAUCCGCGAGGUGCUCGCCCACGACUUCCGCGACCUCGGCACCCUCGAGCUCCUCCACCUGGGCGCCAACCGGAUUUCGGCCGUCCGCGACGGCGCCUUCCUGGGCCUGUCGCGCCUGCGGCGGCUCCACCUCGACGGCAACGCCCUGCGCAGCCUCUCGGCGGGCGCCUUCGCCGGCCUCGGCGCCCUUCAGUUCCUCUACCUGGAGUCCAACGCCAUCGUGGAGGUGCACGCCGGCGCGUUCGCCGCCACCGCCGCCCUGCAGCUCCUCUUCCUCAACCGCAACCGCCUGCGCCGCCUGCCGGCGGGCCUCCUCGCCGCCGCCACCGGCGUGACGAGGCUCAACCUGCGCGGCAACCGCCUGCGCGGGCUGCCCGCCGACGGCCUCCUGGCCCCGCUCGGCGCCUCUGCGGUGCAGGUGGACCUGCGGGACAACCCGUGGGAGUGCGACUGCGCCGCCGAGCCCCUGCGCCGCUGGCUCGCCUCCCUGAGCACGGGCAUCAUGCAGGGCGCCGUCGCGUGCGCGGGCCCCCCGGCGCUAGCCCACCGCGACCUGCGCUCCGUGCCACUCGACGAGCUGUGCGCCGGCGAUCGCCCCGCCGAGGAGGCCGCUUCGACGGCCGGCACGGCCGCGGCCCCGCCGCCCGCCGCCCUCCCUCCGACACCGGCGCCGGCGCACGGCUCCCUCGGCGUGCCGCUCUCCGUGCUCAUCUUGGGCCUGCUCGCCGCUCUCGUCACCGCCGUGGCGCUGCUCGCGGCCCUCUUGCGGCGCCGCGGGGCGGCCUCCCGCCCGCCGGCGGCCGACGCCGUCGCCGGCCGCGCCGACGCCGGCGUGGUGUCGGCGGCGUUCGACUACGGCCGCUACGAGGCGAAGGCGGCAGAGGCGGCCGCGCAGGCGGCCGAGGCCAAGGGGGCAUCCGCGCCGGGGCAGAAUCGGCGGCGGGGUGGCGGCCCCUCCAUUUACACGGUGCCGCUGCGCGCCGGCGACCCCGACCGCCAGUACCGUCAGGUGCCGCUCGGCGAAGGGAGCGCAGCCGGCCCGGCUUGGGCGCCGCACGAGCACAGCCGCUGCCCCGGCGCGCCGGCCCUGCGGUACUACACGCUGGACCACCGCCGGCGUCGGCGGCGGCAGCAGUACGACGGCGCCGGAUGUGGUGCGGCCGACGCGUCGUACCUCGGCGGCCAGGCCGCCGGCAGGGCCCCUCACGCCAGCUUCCAGUUCCGCAGCCUCAGCAGGCUGGGCCGGUUGCAGCAGCAGCAGCGGCAGCGGCAGCAGCAGCAGCAGCAGCCAAACUACGACUUGGGCAAACGCCCGUCGCAGGCGGCGCAUCCGUCGGUGCCGCUGGGGUUCCGAGCGGAGGGUGCGGUGCACGCCGCCGGCGAGUGCCUGGAGCUGAACGCGAGGCUGCGUGCCGAGCCCGACUACCUGCACGUGCUGGAGAGGCAGUCUCCAUACGAACAGUUCUAACGCAGGGCACCAAUCGCUGACGCUGGCCGACUUGCGGGGGGUGGGGGGGGGGGGGGGAGGGGGCGGGACCGUACGCGCAACGCCGCGACUGAUCACCGGAGGAGGAGGCCUGAACGUGCGUUGAAGGUCGGGCUACGGAAAUGCUCGCCAUGCCCGCCCGCCCUCUGUUGUUCUCCUGACGUUUUUGAUCGCCGGAGGAGGAGGGAGGAAGGAAGGAAGGUCUGGGUUGAAUGCGAGUUAAUAGUCGGACUGCCAAUAUGUGCGGGAUACACUCCCGCCCUCUGCUGUUCUUACGUUUUCAAUCGCCGGAGGAAGAAGGUUUUGGCUGAACAUGCGUUGAAUGUCGAGCUGCUGAUAUGCUCGGGAUACGCACCCGCCCACCCGAACCCGCCCACCCGAACCCGCCCGCCCGAACCCGCCCUCUGUUCUUACGACGUUUUUGAUCGCCGGAAGGAGGAAGCAAGGUCUGGGCUGACUGUCCGUUGAAGGUCGGCUUGCGGAUACGCUCGGGAUACCCGCCCGCCCGCCCGCCCGCCCACGUGCCGUUCUUACGAAGUUUUUGAAAAAUAGUCUGAAGCCGUGAAACCGCCACGCAUCUCUCGACGGACACUGCCAUUUGUAUGCACGGAGCAUUUUUUACAGUCAUAACAGCCGGAGGCGCAAAGCACCGUAGUAGGUUGGAAAUGCGUGAACACCAAGUAAAAAUGCGCUCAUCCGCACCCACGCACGCGUUCACCUUAACAUUGAGGAAUUAUUUACCUUUACGUAUAGGAAUCAUUUGCUUGUCUGCAUUGCCCUUCCCCCUCUCGCGUAUUAGCCUGCCCUCAAUAGUAGCGACGGUAGUCCUAGGACCCUCUAAUUUGGCUCUACGAUGGUAACGAAAAUUAUUCUUAGGAAAUAAAAAAUUGCCCUCUUGUUUACUCGGCACUAACGUUACCCCUUGGUUCUGCGACCAGAAGAGACUUCUUAGCUAGGCCGCGGGCACGCGCAGGGUGUAACAACAACAACAACAUAAAACUUUUUUUGUUUUUGUACUACACGCAAUUACAUUUUCCCCGCGUGACGCGGACGCCUCUCGCGAACGGAAGCGGCGUGGACGUUCGCACGUGCCGAGUUAGUUACGAGGAAUUGUACGAUUGAUGCACUGUGGUCGCCGUCUUCUACUAAUCGAACGUUCGGCCGCGAGACCGGGAAAUAAACGUAUUUUAAAACCGC